CCACAGCCCCCGGAACCGUUACCUCAGCAACUGUCCCGGCUCCUCCCGCCUUCGGCUCCGGGUGCCAAUCGUAGAAGCGUCACCCGGGCGACGACCCUACCCCUUCCGGCGCUAGGUCCGCAACUUCCGGUUGGGGGUCCGCGGCCGGCGGGCGGGCGGGCGGGCGGCUGCGGCGGGGCCCGGUGGGCGGCCAAGAUGGCGGCGGGCGGCGCGGAGGGCGGCGCGGGCCCCAGCGCCGUCAUGGGCGACUGCGCUGAGAUCAAGUCGCAGUUCCGCACUCGCGAGGGCUUCUACAAGCUGCUUCCCGGCGACGCGACUCGCAGGUCGGGUCCAGCCUCCGCCCAGACCCCGGCGCCGCCGCAGCCCCCUCAGCCCCCGCCCGGACCUGCCGCAGCCUCAGGGCCUGGCGCCGCGGGGCCCGCGGCGUCCCCGCCGCCCGCCGGGCCCGGCCCCGGCCCCGGGCCCGCGCUGCCCGCCGUCCGCCUCAGCCUGGUGCGCCUGGGUGAGCCCGAGGGCGCUGGGGAGCCGCCCUCCACGCCCUCGGGACUGGGCGCGGGAGGAGACCGCGUCUGCUUCAACCUGGGCCGCGAGCUCUACUUCUACCCCGGCUGCUGCCGCCGCGGGAGCCAACGGUCCAUUGACCUCAACAAGCCCAUCGACAAGCGGAUCUACAAGGGGACCCAGCCCACCUGCCAUGACUUCAACCAGUUCACAGCUGCCACAGAGACCAUUUCCUUGCUGGUGGGCUUCUCUGCUGGCCAGGUGCAGUACCUGGACCUCAUCAAGAAGGAUACCAGCAAGCUAUUCAAUGAAGAGCGGCUGAUUGACAAGACCAAGGUGACAUAUCUGAAGUGGCUGCCUGAGUCAGAGAGUCUGUUCCUCGCUUCUCACGCCAGUGGCCACCUGUACCUCUACAACGUCAGCCACCCCUGUGCCUCCACCCCGCCACAGUAUAGCCUGCUGAAACAGGGGGAGGGCUUUGCUGUCUAUGCAGCCAAGAGCAAGGCGCCCCGCAAUCCACUGGCCAAGUGGGCGGUGGGCGAGGGGCCCCUCAACGAGUUUGCAUUCUCACCUGAUGGCCGACACCUAGCCUGCGUCAGCCAGGAUGGUUGCCUGCGCGUCUUCCACUUUGACAGCAUGCUUCUGCGUGGGCUCAUGAAGAGCUACUUUGGGGGUCUGCUGUGUGUGUGCUGGAGCCCUGACGGCCGCUAUGUGGUGACAGGAGGGGAAGAUGACCUGGUGACCGUGUGGUCCUUCGCGGAGGGUCGUGUGGUGGCUCGAGGCCACGGCCACAAGUCCUGGGUCAAUGCUGUGGCCUUCGAUCCCUACACCACUCGGGCAGAGGAGGCAGCGUCAGCCAGUGGUGAUGGGGAUCCCAGUGGUGAGGAGGAGGAGCCUGAAGCCACCAGCUCAGACACAGGACCCCCACUGUCCCCACUGCCCAAGGCUGGCUCCAUCACCUACCGCUUUGGCUCAGCUGGCCAGGACACACAGUUCUGCCUGUGGGACCUCACAGAGGACGUGCUCUCUCCUCAUCCCUCUCUGGCCCGUACCCGCACCCUUCCAGGCACACCGGGGGCCACCCCACCAGCCUCUGGUAGCUCUCGGGCCGGAGAGACAGGCAGCACAGGCCCCCUGCCCCGCUCCCUGUCACGCUCCAACAGCCUCCCACACCCAGCUGGUGGUGGUAAGGCUGGUGGGCCCAGUGCAGCAAUGGAGCCUGGCACACCGUUCAGCAUUGGCCGCUUCGCCACGCUGACCCUGCAGGAGCGGCGGGACCGAGGGGCUGAAAAGGAACACAAGCGCUACCACAGCCUGGGAAACAUCAGCCGCGGGGGCAGUGGGGGCAGCAGCGGCAACAAUGACAAGCUGAGUGGCCCUGCUCCCCGGAGCCGCUUGGACCCAGCCAAGGUGCUGGGCACGGCACUGUGCCCUCGAAUCCACGAGGUCCCACUGCUGGAGCCGCUCGUGUGCAAGAAGAUCGCUCAGGAGCGCCUGACCGUGCUACUGUUCCUGGAGGACUGUAUCAUCACUGCCUGCCAGGAGGGCCUCAUCUGCACCUGGGCUCGGCCAGGCAAGGAGUUUACAGACGAGGAGACCGAGGCCCAGGCAGGGGAAGCAAGUUGGCCCAGGUCACCCAGCAAGUCAGUGGUAGAGGGCAUCUCCUCUCAACCAGGCAACUCCCCCAGUGGCACUGUGGUGUGAAGCCGUGGAUAUUCUGUGCCCCCAGCCUCCUAGCCAUAACCCUCCCUGCUGUCCUCAAGGAUCACUGUAUUAACAAGACUAAUCAUGACGGAAGGACUUCUCCAAGCCCCCACCCUGCACAAAUAAUGGGGGCCCCUACACUGGCCCAGCCGUGGGGUGUAGCGGCCUGUGUGGCCUCAGCCCUGGCCUCCACCCACUGCCAAGUACAAUGACCUGUCCUCUGAAAUAUCAGUGUUAACACACAUCCCUGUCCCGGCAUGUGACUGGUCACUCCUGGGAGAGACUCCACCCACAACAGCCCAGCUCCACAGUGCCCCUGGGUUAGAGGGCCAGCAGGGGGGUGGCCCCCUCCCAGCCCACACCCCACCCCUUGCUAUGGUUUGUGCUUUUGAAGAGUGUUAAAUUAUGGAAGCCCCUAGGGCCCUCCUUGUCCCCCUGGACCUCUUAUUUAUACUAAAGUCCUUGUUUGCACUGCG